CAGUUCCAAGGAGGGAGAGAGAGCACAAUCUGACUGCCACUGAGCGACAGCGCAGUACAGUAGCCCCUACCAGCGUACCGGUGUCCGGCGGUGGGCCAGCCAGUAUGUCGGGGAACAAGUUGAGGAGCUCCUGGGCUACUCGACGGUAGCCAGUCAUCGUUUAUCUUCGACGGACUACACAAACGCUGACGCCGGCUGGGAUUUAUACCUCCCCCGCCACCUACUGGAAGGGUAUCGGACGGAUUCAGCUCUUUGAGUCCUGAGCGGAGGUCCGCGGCGAAACAUGAACAAGAACCACCGAGUGCCGAGCAACCGUUCUCUGAGUGCCGUGGAGGUGAAGAGUAAGUUUGGUGCAGAGUUUCGCCGGUUCUCUCUGGAUCGCUCGAAGCCCGGCCGCUUUGAUGAGUUCUACGGCCUCCUGCAACACGUGCAUCGCAUCCCCAAUGUGGACUUGCUGGUGGGUUACGCCGACAUGCACGGCGACCUGUUGCCCAUCAACAAUGACGACAACUACCACAAGGCCAUCUCCACGGCCAGCCCCCUCCUCAGACUCUUCCUGCAGAGGAAAGAGGAAGCGGAUUAUACAACCUUCGGUACCGAUUCGCUGACAAGAAAGAAAAACACGGUCCUCUCGGCAGUUCUUCUCCGACCCGAUGCCAACAGGAAAAAGCCGCCAGUUAUCAUCAGCCUCCCGAGAGAUUUCCGCCCCGUCUCGUCCAUCAUAGACGUGGACAUCCUGCCCGAGACGCACAGACGCGUGCGGCUGUACAAGCACGGCCAGGAAAAGCCUCUGGGCUUCUACAUCCGCGACGGCUCCAGCGUGCGGGUCACGCCGCAGGGCCUGGAGAAAGUCCCUGCCAUUUUUAUCUCCCGAAUGGUUCCCGGCGGCCUGGCAGAAAGCACCGGUCUUCUGGCAGUCAACGAUGAGGUCCUGGAGGUGAACGGCAUCGAGGUAGCCGGCAAGUCUCUGGACCAAGUGACGGAUAUGAUGAUCGCAAACAGUCACAACCUCAUCAUCACCGUCAAGCCGGCCAAUCAGCGGAACAACAUCGUCCGGGGCGGGGGCGCGGCGUCCGGCAGCUCGGGGCGGUCCUCGGACAGCGGGGCCAGCUACUACGGCUACUCUUCAUCGUCCGGGCCUGCCGUCAGCUCGUCCGGCCCCUCGCACAUCAUCCAGAAUUUCCCCGUCAACGAGCUGGAGAGCGACGAGGAUGACGAGGACCUCGUUAUCGAGGCAGGGGGCGACGCCGAGCCAGUCAACCGCACGCUAUCCAAUUACAGCAUGCCCACGCUGCCUCUCUACGAGCCACACCUCAACCUCCGAGCGUCCGCUUCGCCGCCACUACCCUUCGCCCUGAAUGGCGCGGCACUGGCCCACGGGAGCAGCGGCUCACUAAGCAAGGCCGGAUCCUCCGCACCGUCACCUGACAGAGCCACGAGGAGGCGGAGUCUCGAAGAGGAUGGGACUGUAAUAACACUGUAAAUCCGCCAAACAGGCACUACAUUUGAGUACUUCCAUACACUCAGUACGUUUACAAGACGUUAGCUAAAUCCUUUUUUUUUUUAGUCUGGCUCAAACAUAAACACGUUAUACCAGCUGAAAAAAAAAAAACCUCACUUUGACAGCAGACUUCCUUGACACCAAUUCAUAUUUCGACAGGGCUUUGGCGAUAUUUUCAGGCAUUUCAGAAAAAUUGAGUGAACCACCAAUAUAUCUGGGAUAACUGUAUUUACAGCAUGUAAACAAGCAAAUCAAACCAGGUCAGACUAAGACAAUGUGCACAUGCUUUGACUGCAAGUCAGAUAAGCAGCUGGCAGACCAAGAAGAACAUCUGGCUUCAUGCAUCCAUCCCACUUACCAAAAACACGAAUAACAAACAUGUCACUUGUAACAUACGGCAAGUGUAGAGCAUGCGUGAACCAAGCGUGCACAGUUGGAACAAAUCACUGUUCACCAGCCAACGUGUUGAUCAAUUUUAUGAUUAUUACAGAGAAAGACCGCAUCUAGGUGCACAGGAGGCAGCCACAACCUGUUAAAGAACAAUGCAAGUAAUCUGCUGGAGCAAACGGCAUGUAAACGUACUGAGCGACACUUUGAGAGGGAGCCACGGGCCAGCCAUUGAUGCCGCCGACUUUGACGGAGAAGCACAAUGACUUGUAAAUAUUCAAUCUGGACACAAAGGCUAUUUAAAUGUUUGUACGUCCUAACAUUUACAUGUAAAACGCCACACCCUUGACUGCAGUGCUCACUUAUGGCACUACGGAGGCUGUGGGCGCAACACACAGACACAUGCGCGCACGCACGCACACACACACACACACACACACACACACACACACACACACACACACACACACACGAAAUGACUAAAAGUGUUACUCAUAGAAAAAGCUCCCUCCAAAUCCAGGUACCUACUGCACCUCCCUCCAAGCCUCCUGAAGCACUUUUUUUAUACUCAAGCUUCCUCUAGGGGACAGAAGUGAGCCCCGUCGUGCCCUUGUGUCUUAUGAAUAGAUGAGCGUUUCCCCAGCAACACGCUCGUGACACAAACAAGGCUCCCUCCCCUCGCACGACAAUCGUCUGCAAGAACGUUGCAGCAAAGUCACCAAAGCUGCCUUCUGCAAAAAUAAUAACAGUAAUAAUAAUAAUAACAAUGAUGAUCAUGUUUUUAUUCAAGCACAAAAUAAGUCUGGCCUCUUAGCCUCGGAUCAAGAAGUCCUGAUUUUAAUAAGUCAGCUACCGGCCUGUUAAAAAUCAGGCCUGCAUUUAUCUACUUUGUAUUCAGUUCAAUGAAUUUAAUAUAUUUGUGGCAUUUUCAACAAAGCCCCCCAAGGAUCAAGAAUUUUUCCAAUGUAUUUUUUGCCAUGCUGAAAUGGGCUCCUUUUGAGAGCGGUUCUAAUGAUACCAUGAGCAAGCCUCCAUCCCGAGUUGCUUACUGUGCAGUGUGGAAAACAGCAGAGAUUCGAUUAUCAAUUUUUGUGGCACCUGUUUGUAUACAAUUCAGUCUUCCAUAUUAUGUCCUUUUUAAGCCUUUCGUGGGUGGACAGUCUUCAUAUUUUUUUCAUAUUUAUCCUCUUCUGGCAGCAUCACAAAAGUAAAAGAUGCAAUAAGGCCAAAGAAAAACCACUUGUAGCUACUACCUUGAAAAUGCUCAGAGAUUAAGUGUUGCACGGCCACUCAUGAAAGUUGGACCGCCACAAGCCCCCCCCCCCCCCCCAGAACUUUCCGGAACCAUUUGGAAUAGUUAUGGUCCACUGUAUUUGCUCCUGAAUAUUCAAUGACAAGGAAAAGAACCACCUCCCACUGCAUGCGUGUUAAACAAAUGUUUUUUUCUCUUUUUUUUCUUUUGUUGAUCCUCCCCCACAUACUUCCUGGACCUCGACUCUGUACAGUAAAUGUAUCUGGGUCAAGUCCACAGUUAACUGGUAUGUGUCCUCACCAGUGUUUCAAUUCUCUUUUAAAGUCCUGAGACGUUAAAAGCAUUCCAUAAUGGAUAGUUGGACCCGAUUGAAACAUUUGAUUGCACCACUGUGACACACAACCUUGUCUUUUGAGGCUCUUUUGACCCUAGCUAACAAAAGUAAAAUAGAUAUUGUACUAUUUUAAAGAGGUAAAAACUGUAUCCUUGACAAAUGCACUGGUCAACAGCAAAUUUGAAUCGGAGAUGGCUUUAUGUGUGUCUAAAUGUGGUUUUGACGCUGAUUUUUUUUUUUCUAGCACAUCAUGUUUUUGAGAUAUUUGCAUUUCUUGUUUUGACCUAUAAAAGCUUUGCACUGGAUCUUACUGUAUUUCAGCAAAAUAAUAAUUCCACCUGUCGCUGAACCUCCCCCUUAAUUCUUCACCACCACUAAAUUUAUGAUUUUAUUUCAUGUUAUUGUUAUGAAAACCUGAUGUGCUACUGAAAAAAAAGAACAAACUCAGAAUUAAAGAGUUGAUUUAGAAAAGUUCACGUGCAUCUCUGAUUAGGAAGGCGUAAAAAAAAAUGGUUGACUAAUGAUGUGUGCAAUUUGACAGCCUCCACAUGUACGAUGAAAUGAGAGCAAUUUUGGGCUCGUUUUUUUUUUUUUUUCUCUCUCUGAGGCAGCAGUUAAUACGUCUUGCCUGUUUCCAAACCUUUAUUGUAUCAAGGUACAUAUUUUUCUUCAAAACAUCUCAAGCCACACACCAAUUCCCAAAAAGUGGGUAACCAUUUUAUUAUGCACGUCGUUGGCAUACAUAGACAAACAGAGGCACAUUAUUUGGAUCAAAUAAUCUUCUGUCCAAUUCCGUUGGAUUGGGGAAUAUCCUGCGGUACACCCAAUUAAGUGUGAACAUGAGUGUGUUUAUACGUGUCCUGUGAUCAACUGGCAAACAUUCCAGGGUUUAGUCCCCAAAGAAAGCUGGGAUAGACUGGAGCUCACCUGCGACCUCGAUGAGGAAAAGCUCAUAAGAUAUGUUUCUCCUGCUUACACACGUCCACACAAAUUUUAGUUUUACAUCAUUCUUCUUACGAUUGCAAUCGAAUGAGCCUGUUUAGCCGAUGAUGAUGUCUGACCGGAAACAUUUUUUAAUGUUUGGUCUCUUGUGGCACCUGCUACCAUCUGUCACUCCAGCAGUAACAAAGCAAAAGAAAAUCAAUUUUGAAUUAUUGUAUUUAACUGGACCACAGGACACCGGGAUUGUAACUGCAGAGACACUGUUAUUUAUUCUCUAAUCAUGUCUAUUUCUGGAGUACUUUCAUUCUUUGAACACUUUGUAUGACUUUUUAAAGUAACCAAGAAUUUUUCUUUUGUGCAUUCUUGAUAUUUUUGUUUGAGAAAAUCUCAUGGUAGAUAUAUUUGACCGAUGGAGAUAAUUUUCUGUAGCUGACUGUUGUUUUUGCUGAAACAACUGUUUUUUUUUGGUUUUUGGGGGACACACUAUUUUUUUCAUACUGUGAAUUCUUAUUUUAAACAUUUUGAUAUUUGAGCCCCCCUCCUCUCUCUCUGUGUCUCUCAAUUUUUAUUUUUGUAAAGAAGUGAUUGAGCAAUGGCAUUCGUUUCCCAGAUAAAUGCUAUGGUAUAUAUAGAUUUGUAAUGAAGAUUGUCAGUAUUUUCAUAAUAAUGCUUUAAAUUAUGUACAUUUUUAUCCCAUAGUGACCACAUUUUAAGACUCUUCUGGAGCUGUACGAAUAAAUAGAUGUACGCCUGUAAUUAUUGAUUUGAGGAGCUGAAUAAAAAUAAAGAGGUAUAUGUAGUA